CUGCGGAGCCCGAGCCCUCCUCGGCCGGUUCCCCCGGCGCCUGCAGUCCUCACCUCCGCGGCGGGCUCGCAGGGCCUGGAGAGCCGCCGGCUUGGGAUCCGGGCGGAAACCUCCGGUCUGCCGUUGAGGUCGCCGCCGGGCGAGGGGUCGAGUCUCCAGCUUUCAGCAAUGGAGUACCCAGUGAUGGAAGUUGACUCUGGAAUUAAGAGACGAGUGAAAGACAGAAUUACGAAGACAAAGUUGAAUGUUUCUCUUGCUUCAAAAAUCAGAACAAAAAUAUUAAACAAUUCUUCUAUUUUCAAGAUCUCUCUAAAGCAUAACAACAGAGCAUUAGCUCGGGCUCUAAGUAGAGAGAAAGAGAAUUCUCGAAGAAUUACUACCGAAAAGAUGCUAUUACAAAAAGAAGUAGAGAAACUGAAUUUUGAGAAUACCUUUCUUCGCCUAAAGCUAAAUAACUUGAAUAAGAAGCUUAUAGAAAUAGAAUCCCUUGUGAACAACAAUUUGAUAACUGCGAUUGAAAUGAGCAGUCUUGCUGAGUUCCAUCAGAGCUCCUUUCUCCUGUCAGCUGGCAAGAGGAAAAGGACCAGUAAACAGUGCAAGCCCGUGCACCUGCCGUUUGCAAGGGUUCCAUUAACUUCAGAAAAUGAUGAUGAUGAUGAUGAUGAUGAUGAUGAUGGUGGUGGUGGUGGUGGUGGUAAAUGGAAAACAAAGUGUAACAACAGAAUGACAUCAAAGACAUCACCUGAUACUACCUCUUCAGUAUCAAGACAAUCUUUGUCCUUACAGCAGUGUACUUUGGAAGUAUUACUUCCUAAGGAAGAUAACCAGAAUACAUGUGCCUCAGGUUAUUCAGAACAUACUUCUAGUGUUGAUGUACUUCCUAAAGAAAGCCAUUAUGACUCAGAUCAAAGUCCUAAGAAUUCUCUAAGUGAGAUGAAAACUGCCCCAUCUACCAGCCUCAGAAGGGAGAAGCCAUCACUUAAUAAUGUGACUGAGAGGAGGAAGCGUGGGUCUUCUGCAGAGACUCUGUAUGUGACAGAUUUAGAUCACCAACAGAUUUCAGCUCCAGGAUUCAGUUGGAAUAAUGAGAUAAACGGUCACGCUAGUGAAACCAGUAGUAAAAUACCAAAAAAUCCACAGGGUUUUCCGAACUUACCUCCUGAGUCUGCCAGCGCCCCCAGUGCCCAGCACAUGGAGAUAGUGCAGAACACUGAUGACUUGCAGUUGCAGAAAACUGUGUACGAAAAUGCUGACAUGGAUUUAACUGCUAGUGACGUAAGCAAAAUCAUUACAGUCUCCAAAAGCAAUACAAAUCAAAGGAAGAAAAAGACAGAUUGUGGGAAGGAAACUUUUAGAAAAGUGAAAGAUCCAAGCUCUGAAAAAAGGAGAGAAAGAUCAAAGAAAAAAUGUAAAGGUAGUUCAGAAAAGGGUGCCGAGGAAAAGAGUGAAAACAGACCAGAAAGAGGCUCUGUUGUCCUAGAUGACAGAGAGGAUUCAGAAGAUCCGAACUGUAUUCUCAAUUCUGAACAGCCACCUCAGGCAAACGUGCUGAAGAGGAUAACCCCCCAGAGCAGCGUGGAGCAAGAGAACAUGCCCACUAAAAAGAGGAAGCCAGCACAUACGACCGACGAGCAAGAGGAAACAUACCCUUCCUCUCGAUGUUCAGUCCAACUCCUGCAAGCCAGUAAAUUGGAUCAGUGUCAGAACGCCCUACAUUGUAACAGAAAUAAGCCUUCUCGACAGACAUUUGUGAUUCAUAAAUCAGAAAAAGAUAACUUAUUUCCAAGCCAAAAGGAUGAAGAGACCAGUUCUGGAAACCUACAAGUUGCAAAUGAAUUUCAUAUAGCUGAUCUUUCCACCAAAAAUAAUGAAAAUGUAUGUGACUAUGAGACCCAGACUAUGUUGGACUUGAAAAAGUGUGUCAAUGCUCAACAAAAUCAAUCAAAAAUAGAUAAGCCUAAGCAGAAAAUAAACCGGAGGACAAAAAUAAUUUCUAGUAUGAACCAAAUAUAUGAGGAUAAUGAUAAAGGUAUUCAUGUUCUAGAAAAGGCUAACUUUCCCCUCCAAACCCAAGUCAAUAAAGAGACCACCUGUGGAAACAUAGACGCUUCAGAAGAAUUUGAAGCACCUCCGCUUUUCACGAGAAACAAUGGAAACUUACGUGACUAUCAGACCCAGAAUAUUCUGAAUUUGCACAAGCAGAUCACUAGUAUACACCCUGCUCAGAAUGAGUCCCAAAUUAGCAAGAUCCCUAGGCAGAAGGUAAAUCGCAAGACAGAAAUAAUCUCUGGAGUGAAUCGUUUUAGUAAUGACAGAGGUGUUCAUUGUUCAGAAAAGAACGAAGCUUUCUUUUCUGAUAAGGACAUCCCUGGAACCUUAAAAGACUUAAGUGAGUUUGAGAUGCCUGCUCUUUGUGGCACAGAUAGCACAAAGUUAGGUGAUUAUACGGCUCAAACGUUCCAUAAUGUGCAACCUGCUUGUCACAAUGAUUCAAAAGUAGGUAAGAAGCCCCGACAAAAGGUACAUCGAAAGACAGAAAUAAUUUCUAAAAUCAACCAAAUACAUGAAAAUGAUGGAGGAAGUGUACAUGACCCAUUAAAUAAGGAGCUCUGUCAGAAUGUUAAUAAAUCAGAAAAUGUUUCCCAAAUGAACCAAAUAUAUGAGAAUAAUGAAGAUGUGAAUGCCUUUCAGAACUAUAUCAAAGAUCAAAAUGUUAUGAAUUGCUACUAUGGAGAAAUCAAUAGUAAUAAAGAGGAAAAUUGUGAUUCAAUUCCAGAUCCUUGCAAACUAGUUAAAAAACAAAGGAAAGAAUUAGCAGGUAGAGCAGAGAACGUUUUGACAGGCGAUAAGAACAAAGGUAUGCUGCAGUUAACAGAUUCUCCACAGAAGUCUCUCACCUUAGAAUCUGGAUUGCACCAUGAUACUAAUGAAGUAGAUUCUGGUCCUGGAGAACCAGCUAACCUGUCAAAGAGCCAGAAACAAAGCACUGUGGGUCCACUGGGAGAUGCCUUCUCUGUGGGUGUGGCCAAAGGAGGAAACCGCCCAGCCAAAAGAGAUAAUAAAUUGACAUCCAAAUCAAAGAAAAGAAAGACCCCCCUAGAUCUUUCUUCAGAUACCCAUGGAGCGGUGGAAAUAACACCCAACACUGACCACACAAAGUCAAUUGACUCCCAACAGACUGAUAAGGAAAACUAUUUGGGGAAUGAAAAAAUUGCCAAGAGUAAACCAGACUUUUACACAAAGGUGUUGAAACCUUUAUCUCAGAUAUGUUCACCUAAUAUAAAGAAUUCUUCCUUGGACAAUAUGUGUGAGAGUUCAGUACUCCUGAGUAUUUCUUCUAGUAAAAAUCUGAUGAUAGAAGAAAAUUCUUCCCUGGAGAGUGCGUGCAUCUUUGCAGUAGGUGAUGGUGCUCAUGGAAAGAUCAAGGAGAGGUCUCAUAAGAGCUGCCGCAGAACACGGAAGUCGGGAAUAGGUAGAGAACCAUCCCAGGACUUGGUGGGUAGCAGUUCUGUGUCAAGCAGCACUGCUGACCCUGAGGAUGAGUCGGAAGUGCAGUCUGCAAAGCUGCCGAGGAGGAGAAGACAGUGCACGCCCCUCAACCUGCGGGAGCCCAACCUCGUGAGCAAGAUGAGAAGAUGAAGUAGAUAUGGAUCCUAGUUUUUCUGGUUCUCAAAGCACAAAAAGAAUAGAAGCAUAAUUAGGAUCAAGACGUGAAACAUGAAGAAGUAUUCUGUUUGGUUUUUACAUGAAGACGUUUUCUGUUUUUUAUUUUGGGGGGCUCUCAUGGGUUAUUGCUUUGUCUAUUCUUACAUUGAGGUGUAUGUGCACAAAAUAGCCAUAUUUCAAAUAGCAAACUUUUUUUUUAAAAAAAAAAAACAUUGGUCAUUACAUAACUUGUUAAUUUAAAUUUCUACUGGGUAUCAUUUAACUGUUAACUAUUUUCCUUUUGCCAAAUAAAAUGUAUCAGUAAA